GCGCCGCCGGAGUAGACAGAGAGUGCCCAGGCAGUCUUCCUACGGCCCGAAUCAGUCAAAUAGCGUUGCGCUGUCUGCCGCGGGUUUGGCGGCUGAAGUUAUGCAGCCCCGUGGCGAGCGGCCUGCUGGCAGGACGCAGAGUCCAGAGCACAGUAGCCCCGGGCCCGGGCCUGAGGCGCCACCGCCGCCCCAGCCGCCGGCCCCUGAGGCAGAGCGAGCUCGGCCCAGGCAGGCCCGUCCUGCAGCACCGAUGGAAGGUUCCAUGCAGCUGUUGAGCAGAGAGGGUCACAGUGUGGCACACAACUCCAAACGGCACUACCAUGAUGCUUUUGUGGCUAUGAGUCGCAUGCGGCAGCGUGGCCUUCUGUGUGACAUCGUCCUGCAUGUGGCAGCCAAGGAGAUCCGUGCUCAUAAGGUGGUUUUGGCCUCCUGUAGCCCCUACUUCCACGCCAUGUUCACAAAUGAGAUGAGUGAGAGCCGCCAGACACAUGUGACACUGCAUGACAUUGACCCGCAAGCCUUAGACCAGCUGGUACAGUUUGCAUACACAGCUGAGAUUGUGGUGGGCGAGGGCAAUGUUCAGACUCUACUCCCAGCUGCCAGCCUUCUACAGUUGAAUGGUGUUCGAGAUGCCUGCUGCAAGUUCCUCCUGAGCCAGCUCGACCCUUCCAACUGCCUGGGCAUUCGAGGAUUUGCAGACACACACUCAUGCAGCGACCUGCUCAAGGCAGCACACAGGUACGUGCUGCAACACUUCGUGGACGUGGCCAAGACUGAGGAGUUCAUGCUGCUGCCACUGAAGCAGGUGCUGGAAUUGGUCUCUAGUGAUAGCCUGAACGUGCCCUCAGAGGAAGAUGUGUAUCGUGCAGUCCUGAGCUGGGUCAAACAUGAUGUAGACACUCGGAGACAGCAUGUACCAAGGCUGAUGAAGUGUGUACGGCUGCCUCUGCUGAGCCGAGACUUCCUAUUGGGCCACGUGGAUGCUGAAAGCCUUGUGAGACAUCACCCUGACUGCAAGGAUCUGCUCAUUGAGGCCCUUAAGUUCCACUUGCUGCCUGAGCAGAGAGGUGUUUUGGGUACUAGCCGCACAAGACCCCGUCGCUGUGAAGGUGCUGGCCCUGUUCUCUUUGCUGUUGGUGGUGGGAGCCUGUUUGCUAUCCAUGGAGACUGUGAAGCAUAUGACACUAGAACUGACCGCUGGCAUGUGGUGGCCUCCAUGUCUACACGUCGGGCUCGUGUAGGAGUUGCUGCUGUUGGGAACCGACUGUAUGCUGUGGGCGGCUAUGAUGGAACCUCAGACCUGGCUACGGUGGAGUCCUAUGACCCUGUGACAAACACAUGGCAGCCCGAGGUCUCCAUGGGCACAAGGCGAAGCUGCCUAGGUGUAGCUGCCCUGCAUGGGCUCCUGUAUGCAGCUGGUGGCUACGAUGGGGCUUCCUGCCUCAACAGUGCUGAACGAUAUGACCCACUGACAGGAACAUGGACAUCCAUUGCUGCCAUGAGUACCCGGAGGCGAUAUGAGCUUCGUGGGUAUAUUGCCUUCCCACAGAUGGGAACCUGUACGCCGUGGGUGGUUAUGACAGCUCAUCACACCUGGCCACCGUGGAGAAGUGAAUUCAUGGACACCUGUGGCUUCCAUGCUGAGCCGGCGAAGCUCAGCAGGAGUAGCAGUGCUGGAGGGUGCCCUGUAUGUCGCAGGGGGCAAUGAUGGUACAAGCUGCCUCAACUCAGUGGAGAGAUAUAGCACCAAGGCUGGUGCCUGGGAGAGUGUGGCACCCAUGAAUAUCCGCAGGUGUAUAAGGCCAGGGGUGGGUGGUGAGUGGUUCUGCCACUACAUCUGGUUUAUUCCAGGAGUGUAGCUCCAGGGGUUGUGCUCACAGCACCUCAACAGUACAGCAGGUCCUUGGGUUCUUCCUGGGCAUAUGGGACUCCUUUUGUCACCCUGUCCCUAUGGUUCCUCCCUCUGCACCCCACUCAUUUGGCCUGUCUCUUGGUUUGCCCCUUGGGCUUACUCUUGCCUAUCCAACUCCCCAGGAGCACACAUGACCUGGUGGCCAUGGACGGCUGGCUCUACGCUGUGGGGGGCAAUGAUGGCAGCUCCAGCCUCAACUCCAUAGAGAAGUACAACCCGAGGACCAACAAGUGGGUGGCAGCAUCCUGCAUGUUCACAAGACGCAGCAGUGUGGGUGUGGCAGUGCUGGAGCUGCUCAACUUCCCACCACCUUCCUCACCCACGCUGUCUGUGUCCUCUACCAGCCUCUGACACAUGUCAGACUGCACAGAGGCCCCGCAGCCUCCCACAUGCCUUAAACCCUAUGGGGUGGCCCUGCCACCUCUGUCUCCUCUACCAAGUGUUAGGGCAGAUCACGUACCCCACCAGAGAUUUCCUGUUCUGUCUUGGUCUCUGUGUUCAUUUGUCCUUGUUCAUUUAUUUGUGUGCUGUUUGUUUACUCAUUUAUUUAUUGAUUCACUAUUUAUUGAUGGAUGAGAAGUGCUGCAGCUACCAGUUCACACAUUUACUCUCAAUUGUUAGCUCUCCUGCAUGUAGAGGACCAAGGAGCCCUCGGAGUGUUCUCUUACCUACCUCCCUUUGUGGAACAGAAGAGAAUGCUGGGGGUGGACACGAGCAACACAGCUGGGCCUUGCAAACAGUAAGGGGCAGAGCAACUGUUGGAACAGGAGCAGAGACAAGGGCUUUCUAAGAAGAUGCAGACCCCUGGCCAGCGCUUUGCACACAGCACUUACCUGUCUCUGCCAGGCACUGUCCCUGAAGGACACAAAGCAGACGUAUUUCCUAUGUCUUGUGUAUACAGUGUGAUGUCUUUUCUGGGUCUUCUAUGAAGCUGGGCACACAACAUGCACUUAGAUCCUACACAGCAAUAUGAGCCAACUUGAACAAUAAACAUGUUUCUUGGGCUCCAUGGGCCUGGGGCUAAAUGUC